UCACCUACCCGGCACAUGACAGUAGCCCCGCCCUUGCCCGUAGAACUAGUGGCGGCCAUUGCAGAAUGCGCUCCGCCGUCGUCUCUCGCGACUCUCGCCGCUGCAUGUCGCCUCUUCCGCGUAAUUGCAGAGGACUACUUGUACCCGCGUGUCGUUCUCGACCAACGGAACGCUGAGCAGGGAUUCUUCUGGUGUAGGACGGUCAUCGAAAACCACCGCCUUGCGCGGAAGGUAUCUUCGCUUGUCUUCAACCUGCUUAUCAUAGUGGAGGACGACCCGGACGAGAUGAAAAAGCGGCUAGUGGAGGAAAUGAUCCAGGCGCUGCGGGUCUGCACAAAGCUUACGCGGCUGAAUGUUGGGCUCGACUUCUGCGUAGGUAUACCUUCAACACUGGGCGAGUUUCUUGGGCCUGGAUGCCCGCUCCGCCUUACCCACUUGCAUCUUGGCGACUGGAAACACAUAACAGACCUUGAUGCGGUAUGGAUGCAGCAGGUAGCCAUAACCUCGCUGGUCAUCCCGGGCCCAUUGUUGAGCGACGAGUGGAAUGCCGACUCCGCAGUCGUGAAUCUUCCACUCAAAAACAUCUACGCCCCGCUGAGUGCGGUUAUACCGGCAGAAGUAGCCGCCUGGAAACUUGAACAUGCCCUGCUAUCGAUCACGGACGAAGACGAGGAGCUCCCGAGCUUCCUCGGCCUCGGAAGCUAUGCAAGCACGUUGACGAUCCUGGCUAUGGAGUCCCACAGCGUGUCGGAGCCCACUAUUCAUCAGUUACUCUCCCUCAUGGCGGACAGCCUCCCCAAUCUCACCACCCUCUCCUACGACGAGACAGUGAGCCUCGGGAACGGUGCACGCAAGGAAGGCGCCAUUCAGCGGCCCCUCGCGCGUUUCGCGCGCCUCGCAUCCUUCUUCUUGCGCAUCCAUGUGGGCUUGGGUUCACUUGUUUUUUUUUGGGCGGGAGGGCCGACGGGCAAGAUGUCCAGUUUCCACGCGGCAUCGCGCCUGGGAUCCCCCUGCAGCAACUGGCAAUGUCAAUCAUGA